CACUAACUGCGUCUGAGCUGGGAGAGAGAGAGGCGAGGAGAGGAGAGGAGAAUCACGAGCGUAUCACAAUUUACCACAGCGGACUAUCCAUCUGAAGCCCGCGAGCGAUGGAGGAAGGGAGAGACAGAGAAACACCAGGCGUAGACUAAGGGGAGUGGGGGAGAAAGAAAAAACGAUUUGGUAUCUUUUACUUCGUGCUCCUGAGAGACGGAAAAAAAAUGCCGGAGAUAUUUUUUCUCCAGAGAGUGUUUUGAAGCAAAACAUCGGGCGCGAAAGCAACCAGAAAUGCGACCAUUUCAGAAAAAGGACACUUGUUUUUGUCUUUCCGGUUGAUUCGUUUUACAGUAUUGCAUGACUGUACCAUAUAACGUUUCCAACUAAGUAUCGUAGCGUGGUAUUUUUAUUGUCAUUUUUUUGGUAUUGACAUUUUUUAAAUCGCCGACUCAAUAUUUACAUUUAUUCCCUGAUAUAUUGUGGCUUCAACAAAAGACUGAACGCGCGAUCCGGCGGACCGGGUCAGUGUACACUCGAGGAUUUGAGGUGUUCUCAUAGUUGCACUGACUCGCACAGUCCUCUCUAGCGCCGAAUUGAAUCGAACCGAACCGGACUCCACACCGCCGGACAAAUGAUGAGGUGAGCGGUGUCUAUUAGGGUCCUCUCCGCGGGUGGGUGCUCACCGCUCGGUCAGGAUGUUCGUGUCCGUGUGGUAUGCCAAGAAAAUGGGCCGGCGGUUCAUCAACAACGUCCGCAAAGCCAAGAGACAGCGACAUAGAAUGAUGGCCAACUCCCCUCCUGUAGUGGUAAACACAGAUACUCUUGAUGGCUCCCCCUAUGUGAAUGGGACGGAUGGAGAAAUAGAAUAUGAAGAGAUUACACUGGAGCGGGGGAACUCUGGCCUGGGGUUCAGCAUUGCUGGGGGGACAGAUAACCCCCAUGUUGGGGAUGACCCCAGCAUCUUCAUCACCAAGAUCAUCCCAGGAGGCGCGGCCGCCCAGGAUGGCAGACUCAGGGUGAAUGACAGCAUCCUGUUUGUGAAUGACGUGGACGUGCGAGAGGUGACCCACAGCUUGGCGGUGGAGGCACUCAAGGAGGCAGGCGCCAUCGUGCGACUCUACGUACUGCGCAGGAAGCCAGUAGCCGAGAGAGUCACCGAGAUCAAACUUAUUAAGGGCCCCAAAGGUCUGGGUUUCAGUAUAGCUGGGGGUGUGGGUAACCAGCAUAUUCCUGGAGACAACAGCAUCUACGUCACCAAGAUCAUAGAGGGGGGGGCUGCACACAGGGACGGACGGCUACAGAUUGGGGACAAAAUUCUGGCUGUGAACAACGUGUGCCUGGAGGACGUCAUGCAUGAGGACGCGGUGGGGGCGCUGAAGAACACGGCCGAGGUGGUGUACCUGAGAGUGGCCAAGCCCACCACCCUGUACCUGAGCAACUCCUACAACCCGCCUGAUAUAACCAGCUCGUACUCACACCUGGAUAAUGAGGUGGGCCACCCCAACUACCUGGGCUCAGAGUACCCACAAGCCCUCACUCCCACCUCCCCUAGCAGAUACUCGCCAAUCAUGAAGGGCAUGCUGGGAGAGGAUGAUAUUCCCAGAGAGCCCAGGAGGGUUCUGAUCCACCGCGGCUCCACGGGUUUGGGCUUCAAUAUCGUCGGGGGAGAGGAUGGAGAGGGCAUCUUCAUCUCCUUCAUCCUGGCAGGGGGUCCGGCUGACCUGAGCGGGGAACUGCGCAAGGGGGACCAGAUACUGAGCGUGAAUGGGGUGGACCUCCGGAGUGCCACACAUGAGCAGGCAGCAGCUGCCCUGAAGAAUGCCGGGCAGACAGUCACCAUCAUCGCCCAGUACAGACCAGAGGAGUACAGUCGGUUUGAGGCGAAGAUCCACGACCUGCGGGAGCAACUGAUGAACAGCAGCAUGGGGUCUGGAACCCUGAGGGGCACCGCCAAGAGAGGCUUCUACAUCAGGGCCCUGUUUGAUUACGAUAAGACAGCGGACUGCGGCUUCCUCAGCCAGGCCAUGGGCUUCCGCUUUGGGGAGGUUCUGCACGUCCUGGACUGCGGGGAUGAGGAGUGGUGGCAGGCCCGUCGGGUCAGCCCUGAGGGCGAGACUGACGAGAUCGGGUUCAUACCGAGCAAGAGGAGAGUGGAACGGAAAGAGUGGUCUCGCUUGAAAGCCAAAGAGAGGGACCGCAGUAGAGACAGUUUAGGCUCUCAAGGGAGAGAAGACUCUAUACAAAGUUACGAGACUGUAACCCAAGUGGAAGUUCACUACGCAAGGCCAAUCAUCAUCUUGGGUCCCACAAAGGACAGGGUGAACGAUGACCUGCUCUCCGAAUUCCCCGACAAGUUUGGGUCCUGCGUUCCCCACACCACGCGGCCCAAACGGGAGUACGAAGUGGACGGGAGAGACUACCACUUUGUGUCGUCACGGGAACAGAUGGAGAAGGACAUUCAGAGCCAUCGCUUUAUCGAGGCGGGGCAGUACAACAGCCACCUGUAUGGCACCAGCGUCCAGAGCGUCCGGCAGGUGGCAGAGCAGCAGGGGAAGCACUGUAUCCUGGACGUUUCAGCCAACGCUGUACGCAGACUACAAGCUGCUCAGCUCCACCCAAUUGCCAUCUUCAUCCGGCCCAAAUCACUGGAGAAUGUGCUAGAGAUCAACACACGCCUCACAGAGGAGCAGGCCCGGAAGGCAAUGGACCGGGCAGUCAAACUGGAGCAGGAUUUCAUCGAGUGCUUCUCAGCCAUCGUGGAAGGGGACAGCUUUGAGGAGAUCUACCACAAAGUGAAGACCGUGAUCGAGGAGCAGUCCGGGCCCUACAUCUGGAUCCCCACCAGGGGGAGACUGUGAGGCCUUCGCGGUGUCUGUCCAAAGCCCACUUCCUUCUGCCCAGUUACGCCUGCACUGUGAGAGAUGGAGAGACAGAGAGAGAGAGAGAGAGAGAGAAAGAGAGGAAGGAGACAGAGAGAGGAAGAGACGGCUGUCUGCACUCUUUCCCCUCCAAGGAGCGUGGCGGUCAGAGACACGGACCGCGUGCCCCGUCCGUCCGCCCUGCCGUCCGUGUGUCUCUCUUCGCGUUCCCGUGCACAAACAUCUCUCUCACGGCCUGCGGCGAUCCAGGAGAGAGAGAGAAAGAAAGAGACAAAGAGGAGGAGAAAGAGAGAGAGGAAGGAGCAAGAGGGGCUUAGGGAUAAGCACAGGGAAACAGCCCCCCCCUCCCAAUCCAUCCCACCUCCUCCUUUCCCUUUCUUUCCCCUUUACCUGUCCCC